AUGACAAAUUCCAUGCAAAAAGUACCAACACGAAUUCUCAAUGCAAUUAGGAAGGAAAAUUUAUCAUCAGACACUGUUAUAUAUUAUAAACAAGAUGAAGGUUGGGUGUAUGAAAAAGGUAGUGCUGAUCUAGUCAAUUUGCAGCAACAAAGUCUAGAUAAUGCACGUCCAUUGGAGUCAUUGGAUCCCUUUAGUACUCAACCAGCCAAUAUUUCAAUAGCCAUUACACAAGAAACAGAUAUGUAUACAACAACAUUUGAUCAGGGAUUAAGUGAGCUUUCUCAAUACGGUCAAGUAUCAUGUUUUGGUCAACAUGCUCCAUUGACACCAAUUACUCUUCACGGUACGGCUUGUGAUGUUGCACAUAUUCCUCGUGAUGCAACACAUUUCUGUUGGGUUUAUCCACCAGUUGGAUUAACUCAGUUAAAUGAUGCAGUGAAGAAAAAGAUUGAUGAAAAAGUGGCAGCCGGUGAUUCAUCAUAUACUUUCUUUGCAUUCGGUGGUUUUGUUUAUUUUCGAGCCGAUAGACGUAAUUACGUAACGUUACAAGCCAAUGCUCUAGUCAAAGCUAACAAUGGUUUGACAUUUGCAGGACCAUUCAAAUGGCGAUCGGCCUACACAGCUCAUUUAGCUAAACAAGGACGAUUUCAGGAUGUCACCUUGUCAUCACUGUUGGAGUUAGGUAUCAAAUACUAUUGUUUUAUUAAUCCAAACGAAAAACUUGAGAGUUCUAUUAAGCAUCAUCUACAUUGGACUCCUGCUAAGAACGGUGCUUUCGUCUAUCUGUACGACUCACCAUCAAAAUCUCAUCCAUUCGAUCGAUAUUUCACUAUUGCUGACACACCAGUUACAGAUCAGAUCAGUACACGAGUGAUGCCAUUCUCAUUAGUACGAAAAUCUCCAUCUCUUAAAUCAUCGUCAUCAUUAUCACAGAAUUCUGUUACUGAGAAACAAUCAACUGCAUCGGCAUCAAGUUCGAGUGAUGAUAGAGAUAGAUUUAACUGUUCGAUUUGUUUCGAACGUACUAUUCAAUGUAUUUUAAUACCAUGUAAACACAUGUGUGCAUGUGCUGAAUGUUCUCAAAUCAUCAAAGAAAAACUAAAAUCACAUUGUCCUAUAUGUAGACAAAAAUUUACUGAAGUAUGGAAUGUAUUUUUGUAA